AACACGACUCACCAUAUUACUUAGCAAUCGAAGAAGGUUCUUGAAAUGGCAUUCAUCCAAGCAAUCUUCUUCACUCUUGCCUUGCUAUUGUCCUCAGCCCAUGCAGCUACCAUUGUUGUUAAAAACAAUUGUGGACAUACCAUAUGGCCAGCUACGUUAACAAGCGGUAGCGGACAACCCCAACUCGCCAUGACUGGAUUUCAAUUAGCUUCAACAGAGUCCCAAACUCUCAAUGUCCCUACACCAUGGACUGGUAGGAUUUGGGCUCGAACCCGCUGCUUUACAGACGACUCUUCAAGGUUUUCUUGUGAAACGGGAGAUUGUGCGUCUGGCUCUAGAGAUUGCAAUGGCGCUGGAGGAAUUCCACCAGCUACGUUAGCUGAAUUCACAUUGGCACCCAACGGAGGCUUAGAUUUCUAUGAUAUCAGCCUUGUGGAUGGCUUCAACUUACCCAUGUCCAUAACUACAAAUGGCGGAACAGGACAGUGUGUGUCCCCCAAAUGCUCUGCAGAUGUGAAUGGAGUUUGCCCAUUACAUUUGCAAGUCAGGACGGCUGAUGGGAUCGUGAUUGGGUGUAAGAGCUCAUGCCUAGCAUCUAACCUCCCAAAGGAUUGUUGCACUGCCGAAUUUAACGAUCCAAAAGUAUGUCAACCAAGCGACUCUGCCAAGAUCUUCGAGUCCCAAUGCCCCCAGGCUUAUAGCUAUGCUUAUGACGAUGAAAACAGCACUUUCACAUGCAGCGCUGAACCCAACUAUGAAGUUACCUUUUGCCCAUAAUCAUCCACAAACUAUAUAUAUGUCUUAACUAUUUCUACCAUCAUUUCAAUCAAAUAAAUCACUAAUAAAUGAUGUUCAAUGCUAUUGAAUGAAUAA